UAUUGCUGCUAGUAGUCGUGAGAUUACAUUAUUCGGGAUUUAAAGAGGUACUCGCAGGCUUUUAAAAAUCUGCACAUCUAGAUAUAUGUUUUAAUUGAAAGCAACCACUCUGCAGCUUAGACUGAAGGAUAUUUGGUCUAGGGGUGGAGUGGAGAAGAAAAAACAAAAAAGCGAUUAGACUGAUUUCGGAGUGAAGGACUUCGCUCGAGUUAGUAGUACCCAGAAGAAUUUGGGGGGUAGAGAGAGGAAAAGGGGAAAUGGCCACUCAGGUGGAGACAGUCCUUCCCAGCAACAACCCUUUAAUGCAACAAGAAGGGCCCUUGCAUACAAGCAACGUGACACGCGAGGGGGGCUGUGUGGGAAAGGAGGGGAAGCAGCCGGCCGGAGGCGCGGGGAGCGACGCGAAGGAGUCCGGCGAGCACGGCCGAUAUGCGGGUAAUAGCGAGCAAAGCAAGGGGCAGGUGAACGAGGGGAGCGACGAUCCAGAGCAGAGAACCGUGGAGCAAGAAUCGAGCCGGCUCAAAGAGAUGGAGACCCCAGGAGGAGAGGGAGGGGAGAAGGGCAGCAAAAAGGAGUUUACCGAGGCCCCCCUUCCCAAGGUGAACCCGUGGACUAAGAAAAUGAAUUCGGUGACCGUGAUCAGUGUGAAUGGACAAGCGCAUCCUGAUCAGCCAGCUCCAGCCAAGGUGGUGAAGGCUGGUAACCCAAGACCAAGGAAAGGCAGUAAGGUCAGUGAUUUUGGUGAUGCAAUGAGCUGGCCGACCCCAGGGGAAAUGGUGAAUAAGGAAGUGCAGGCUCCUGUUGGAAAGAUCCAGCCUCCUAAGAAGACUCUGGUGAAGGAGAAGCGAGACAGCGAGGAGAGCAAGGAGAACCAGAAGACCAGAUCUGACGAUUCCGGGGAGGAGAAGAACGGGGACGAGGACUCACAGAAAUACGGGUCCAGGAAGAAAGGUAACAAGCAUAGAUGGGUUCCUCUUCCAAUAGAAGUGAAAUCAGAAGGUCCCAAAGAGAGGUCUGCCUCCAGAAACAACACCCGCCAAAACGAACACUACAGACUCCCCCCAAACAGCAGGAACGACUUGAGGGACUGGCACAGUGCCAACAAGCACGAGCGAGACUGGCGGGAGGAUCACGACGAGGUGUCGAGUGUGAAGAGCGAGGGAGCCCCCUUCCGAGGAGGCUACAGAGGCCGGGGGCGUGGCCGAGGGAGAGGGAGGGGCCGAGGCAGGGGGGGCAGCAGAGGUCAUUUUGACUACCAGUACGGCUACAAGAAUUAUGAUGGUAAAGAAGGAGGUUCCGGACAGAAGUUCAACAGCACGGUGACCUACUACUACGACAACACCAGCAGCUCGGAGAUGUACUCUGUGGAUCAGGAGCUGCUCAAGGAUUAUAUCAAGAGACAGAUUGAAUACUACUUCAGCCUGGAUAACCUAGAGAGGGAUUUCUUCCUGCGGAGGAAGAUGGAUUCGGAAGGUUUCAUCCCAAUCCCGCUGAUCGCUGGCUUCCACAGAAUGCAGGCACUGACGACCGAUAUCAACCUCAUAGUGCUGGCCCUGAAGGACAGUAAAGAGGUGGAGAUCAUUGACCUGAAGAUCCGCAGGAGGGAGGACCCAGAGCGGUGGCCUCUGCCUGGCCUCUCCGCCCCUGAUAACACCCAGACUGACUUCUCCCAGCUCAUCAACUGCCCUGAGUUUGUGCCCAGACAGGCCGACAGUCAGACAGAGUCGGCUCCAGGCUCUCCCAGAUCCUUGACUCCCAUGCAGCCCAAGCAUGAAGAUGUGAGUAACCUGAAGACCAUGCCCAAGGGGCUGUCUGCUAGCCUGCCUGACCUCGACUCCGACACCUGGAUUGAAGUGAAGAAGAGGCCCAGGCCUUCACCCUCCAGACCCAAGAUGCCAGGAAUGAUGUUAUGUUUGUUUAAACAGAAGCUGGAGGAGAGUCGCUCUCUGGUCCCGGUGCAGCAGCUGGCAGGUCCGGAUGAGCCCGAGGAGCUGGACUUCAUGUUCGACGAGGAGAUGCAGCAGAUGGACGGCCGCAGGAACAACUUCACAGACUGGUCCGACGAAGACUCGGACUGCGAGAUUGACGACCACGACGUCAACAAGAUCCUGAUCGUCACGCAGACCCCCCCCUCCCUGCGCAAGCACCCCGGGGGAGACCGCACCGGCAACCACACCUCCCGCUCCAAGCUCUCCACCGAGCUGGUGAAGGUCAUCAACGAUGGGCUCUACUACUACGAGCAGGACCUCUGGGAUGAGUCUUACGAGCCGGAGUACGCAACCAUCAAGCAAGAAGUGGAGAACUUCAAGAAGGUGCAUCUGAUCAGCAGGGAGCAGUUUGACUGUCUGACCCCCGAGCCUCCCGUGGAUCUGAACCAAGAAGUGCCGCCCGGCCCACCCCCACCUCAGCAGAUCCCUACAGAUGCUUUAGCCAAUAAACUGUUUGGUGCCCCCGAGCCCUCUACAAUUGCCCGAUCGUUACCGACAACCGUGCCCGAGUCUCCGAACUACCGCAACGCCAGGACGCCGCGCACCCCCCACACCCCCCGGUUAAAGGACCCCACGCAGACACCCCGCUUCUACCCCGUGGUGAAGGAAGGCCGGCCUGUCGAUGCCAAGACCCCACUCAAGAGGAAGACUCGGCACAGCUCCAACCCCCCUAUGGAGUGCCAUGUGGGCUGGGUGAUGGACUCCAGAGAGCACAGGGCAAGGUCCAGGACGGCCUCCGUCAGCUCGAACGCCAGCCCUUCUGAAGGCACGCCUGCAAACCUGGGCUGCACCCCCCAGUCUCUUCCCAAGUUCCAGCAUCCCUCUCACGAGCUACUCAAGGACAACGGCUUCACACAACACGUGUACCACAAGUACCGCCGGCGCUGUGUCAACGAACGAAAGCGGCUGGGAAUCGGCCAGUCCCAGGAGAUGAACACGCUGUUCCGUUUCUGGUCCUUCUUCCUGCGGGAUCACUUCAACAGGAAGAUGUACGAGGAGUUCAGACAGCUGGUGGUGGAGGAUGGGAAAGAGGGAUACAGGUAUGGGUUGGAGUGCCUUUUCAGGUAUUACAGCUACGGACUGGAAAGGAAAUUCAGGCCUGAUAUAUUUAAAGAUUUUCAGGAGGAAACCAUCAAGGAUUAUGAAUCUGGACAACUGUAUGGACUUGAAAAGUUUUGGGCGUUCCUGAAAUACUCGAAAACCAAGACCCUGGAAAUUGACCCCAAGCUGCAGGAAUACUUGAGCAAAUUCAAGCGCCUCGAGGAUUUCCGGGUGGAUCCUCCAAUGAACGAGGAUGGAGGUCGUAGGAGACACUCGUCCAGCGGAGAGGGAAGGAGACGUAACCCGUCGGGCCAGCUGGGGUACAGCCAGGCCCAGGCUUCGCAAGGCUCCUCCAGAGAUGAUGCCAAAAAUCUGAACCAGAAACCUGCUGCUGCUGCUGCUUCCCUCGCACCCGCCUCGGAGCCCCAAUCCCAGGAGAAGUGACCCACCGGGGGUGGGGGGGGUGGGAGGGGGCUAGCCUUCAAUCUAAUUUCUUUAUAACCCGGGGGAGGUCCAGGAUUUCACGCAAGCAUGAAAGACUUUUCCCAUUCGUGAUCUGACGACUCAAUUGCUCUUCCGGAUGUCCUUUCACAUUCACCAACGUUUUGUCUCUGAGAGAUUUUCAAUGACUUGAAGUGGAGCACUGAAAGAAAGUGCUGCAUGCUUGCGUUGCGAUUGUCUUUUAUUGUUUGCGAACCCAGCCCGCUCCUCCUCAGCCAGGACAGUUUGAAUAUAGAGGUUUUAUUUUGGAGCCUGUAGCAGAUUAGCUGAUGUGGGCACUUCUUCCCUCUGGACCCCCCCCUUCCCCUCUUCUUCGACUUCCUUUAUUACCUGGACCGUCAGCAUUUUGGUUCAUGAGGAGACUGAUUUAGGAGACGGCUGUUUGAAAAGGAAAGCUUUGUUUGAUUUGGUUUUGGGGCUGGCAAAAACUUUUAUUAAUGACAUUUGAAAUCCCUCCCCAUCAGCAGGAUCUUUUUGAAAGUUGCCUUAUUUGAACUUUUUUUUUUUUUUUUGAGCUUCAUGUUUUCCCUGCAGCCCUUUUAAAGUUGAUUUUUGAUUUCAUUGCUGUUCAGUCCUGAUUUCAGCGAGACGAGUGAAAGCAGUGCCGGACAGCACCUUCCUGUGAUGGCUCUCGUCUUCCAGGUUUCACCGGUCCUGUUACAUAAUGAUGGGCUCUUGAGCGGAGUGUUGCGGGGAGCACGGAGGACCCUGACCAGACUGGAAUCACACUCUGAAUACUUGAAGAGCUCCUUGUACACCUGCAGAACUGUUGGUGUUUUUAAAUUGUAUAUCUAUCUAACUUGCUUCAAACAAUAUCAUGAGAUAAAAAAGGCAUAAAUAAAUGUUGCUGCUUCUGCAAUGACAGUGAAUGGUUACCAGGAGCUGAGUGCAAUGUGUGUUCCAUCAGACAGGCACAUCUGUUGAAAUGCAUGUCAUCAAAAUUGUCAUUCUCUUGGUAUCGGCUAUCUGACAAGUAAAUGCUGCCAGUAGCCAGACAUGCUGCCUUUGGUUGUAACCUUUUUCCUAUUGUGAUCAGUGCUUGACACCCAUGG